GGGUGGGACGGGACGGGACGGUUAGCCCCGCCCCCUCCCCUCCGAGCUCAAAGACGUGAUUGGCGAAGUUGUGUUGACAAUUCGCGGAUUAUGAAAGUUGCGUGUUGAGCAACGACAUUUGAGUGGGUGCGUGCUGCGAGGAGCUUCGUGACAGCGGGCCGUCCCAGGGGGUCUGAGCUCCGUGUGGUGUGUGUCGACGACACGCCGGGUGGUCGUUCGGCUUACCGUUAGCAUGCAGGCUAACCACGCUUAGCUUCCCCUUCCCCGCCAGCAGCCGCCGCGGAGCGAGAGAACCGAGCGGCGACGACCAUGACAUCGCCGUGAACCGGGCACCGGAGGGAGGAUCGGCGCGAUGCAGGCGCCGGGCGGAAGCGCCGGGGGCCCCCGCUUCUCACCGGAGCCCUCGGCCCUCUUCUCCUCCUCCACCACCACCACCAUGUCCAUCGACAAGCUCUUCCCGGCGCUGCUGGAGUGCUUCGGGAUCAUCCUGUGCGGCUACAUCGCGGGCAGGACGAACACCAUCACCUCCACGCAGGCCAAGGGGCUGGGCAGCUUCGUGUCCAAGUUCGCCCUGCCGGCGCUGCUCUUCAAGAACAUGGUGCUGCUGGACUUCGGCGGCGUCGCCUGGCCGUUUCUGUGGAGCGUGCUCGUCGCCAAAGUGGCCGUCUUCGUCGUGGUGUGCGUCCUCGCCCUGGUCGUGGCCAGUCCCGAGAGUCGCUUCAGCAAGGCCGGGCUCUUCUCCAUAUUCGCCACGCAGAGCAACGACUUCGCUCUGGGGUUCCCCAUAGUUGAAGCCCUCUACCAGAGCACAUACCCUCAGUACCUGCAGUACAUCUACCUGGUCGCCCCCGUGUCCCUGAUGCUUCUCAAUCCCAUCGGCUUUGCCUUCUGUGAGAUCCAGAAGUGGAAGGAUCAGGGAAACCACCAGCAGAGCAAACUUCUCAGAGUGGGACUUGUAGCUUUGCAGGUCUUAAAGAAUCCCAUCGUGUUUAUGGUUGUCAUCGGCAUUGCCGCCCACUUUGCCCUGCAACAGACAAUUCCUGCCUUCAUGGCGGGCUUUGUGGACGGCUUGGCCAACUCUUUCGGGGGAGCAGCUUUGUUCUACUUGGGUCUGUCCAUGGUGGGCCAGUUGGGAAAACUGACCAGAUCCACAGUUGUCACCCUGAUAUUACUCACUACUGCGAAAUUGUUACUAAUGCCCCUGCUUUGUAAGGGCAUGGUGGAUCUGUUGGACAACAGUAACACCAGCUCCUUGAACCAAUCAAGUCUCUCCAAUUAUGCCUUUCUCUACGGAGUGUUUCCCACUGCACCAAGCGUGGCCAUCUAUGCUGUCUAUUAUAAUGCUGAGCUAGAAGUUGUCACCUCUGGGAUGGUGAUCAGCACUUUUCUCUCGGCUCCGAUAAUGUAUGUUUCUGCCUGGUUGCUCACAAUGCGUUGGAUGGAUCCUCAGCUGCUGAUGAAUGCACUGCAGAAUGUCAGCUUUAACAUAAGCAUAGUGAGCUUAGUUUUACUGGUGUGGACAAUUGCUGUCAUGUUUUUAAGCAAGAAAUUCCAGAGGCUACCUCAUGUGUUCACUGUCAACCUUUUCUUGGCACAGCUUCUAACUUGUAUUGGAAUGAUCCUGUGGAACUUUGUGGUGAAGGGGAACAACUUCAUUGGCCAGGUCCUGACUUUCACAUUGUUAUGUACCUCCCUCUACAGUACCUAUGUGUGGCCAGGUUUAAUAGCACUUUCACUAGUUCUCGUGAGAAGAUCUGAGGAUCUGAAAGUGUCAGCAGGUGUGCUGGUUAUUGUAGGCUGGGGGAUCCCAGCCUCAGUAACUGCUGUGUUGCUCAUUUCUGGGGAAAAAAUGCCUGACACGAUUGACUCAUCAUUCUUUUAUGGCAAACCACAGAUAAUCUGCACCGUAGUCGUAGCCGCCCUGAGCAUACUGCUCGGAGGAGGCUCGCUUGUGUGUCUCAGGAGAGGAAGCUGGGCCCAGAAUGACCAACUCCUAGAGGGAAACUCUUCACUUGGUACUGCAGAGGAUCUUGUGACAGAAGUUGAACCAGAAAACCCGACUCUCUUUGAGCCGGUCGCCCCAUCUGCAGAUUUCAACAGAGUAUGCCUCAUAUGUGACUGUGCACCGCCCCAGCCCAUGCCUGACAUGAUCAUCAGCACAAACAUGAACAACACACCCACCACUCUCACAGGUCAGUGUGAGACCAUGUGCGAGUCAACCGACUGCCUGCUUGUCCAAGUAGAAGAGCUCCAGCAGGUCGCAGAUAGACAAGUGGCCCGUCAUGUGCUCUUGUGUCUGCUUCUGACUGUCAGCUUGCUUGCUAACUUGUGCAGCUGCCUGUGGUUACUGUUUAACCAUGUUCCUGGUCGACUCUACUUGGAGCUGCAGUUCUUUUGUGCUGUGGCCAACUAUGGACAGGGUUUUCUCUCCUUCGCGCUGUUCGGGUUGGACAAGCAUUUGAUUAUUUUACCGUUUAAAAAGAGGUUAUACAAUCUGUGGUAUGGAAAGAAGCAAGAGGAGCCGCUGCAGAGUGAUUUACCCGAGGAAAUCAGGAUCACCUGCACCAAGUUCACCAAGUAUCACAAGGACCAGUGUGUUCACGAUAUUGUUAAAAAGAGAAGGUGUGGGAAGAGGGCUACGGUGGACUGUUUUCUUGGCUCUGAACUCGUGGAAUGGCUUCAGCGGGUUGGCUUGGCUCAGGACCGCGGUGAGGCAGCACUGUAUGGGAAGCAGUUACAGCAGGGUGGUGUGCUCCAGCACAUCAGGCAGGAGUACGACUUCCAAGACAGUCGCCUCCAUUACUGCUUCAUGGCCUAAGACACAAAAUCCCAAAUACAAAUACAUCCUUGGUGUGGAGGAACGACAUUGUCCACACCCUGUGCAGCAUGUCACUACAGAAUGCGCUGUGCAAACAGGCCAAGGCCCUAUGCUUUACCUGGAGUCAGUCUUAGAGGGAAUUACAUGUUAAUGCUUCCAUGUGCAGGAUUUAGCGGCAUCUAGCAGUGACGUUGCAGACCGCAACCAACUGAGAACCCCUCAGUCCUCACCCUCCUCUUCCUCUUCCAUGUCUGCAGGUGAACCUAAGGAGGCUUUCAGAUGAUGUAAAAUCAUGAAAGGCCCUCUGUAGAGCCAGAGUUCGGUUUGUCCGUUGGGCUGUUGUAGAAACAUGGCAGUGCAACAUGGCGGACUCCGGGGAAGAAAACCUGUUGAUAUAAAGUGCUUAGUCUAAGCUAACAAAAAUGCGACAAGUUUUAUUUUCAGGUGAUUGUUCACCAAUGAAAACAUAAAUUUUCUAUAUAAUAUUUCAUUUCCGCCAAUAGAUUUCCCUAAAUCCUUAACACUGGACCUUUUAAAAAAUUUUUUUUAACUGCCUUGGGUCUUAGUUUUUAGGUUUUACAUGUCACUUUCCACACUUUAGGUUAAUUUGUGAGAUAUAGAAUUGCGGCACCAUUGUUACAAUCAAUCACUGCAGAUACGUGUGCCAUCAGUUGAUCAUAUAGAGAUGAGAUUUGCCAUAAAAUCAAAAAAAAAUUUAGAGGUGAAGAGGGAGUAAGAAGUGCACUGGAGUUUAAUGAGGAAGUCUUCAAAUUCUCACAAAUGGUUAGAACAGACGAACAGAUGUUUUUAUGACCUCACAAUUUAAGACCUGCCAGUUUCUCUUGCAAGUAAACAUGGUUCAAUGAUAGUUCAUUUACACGUCUGUGUUCCUGAUUGACCCUUGAAGUGACAUCGCUGCAGACUUUAAUCUGCAAUGAAGCCGUCCAGUAAAAUAUUAACAUAACUGACAGGACUACAAAAAAACAAAUUACAAAUAAGACUGAAGGUGUUUGCUUUUAACGAGCAUAUUCUACAGGCAUUUUUCUAAUCCUUCGGGGUGUUACACAAGUUGCAUAAUUUUUUAUGCAGUAAAUACAUGCACUGGAACGUUCAGUAGUUUUCAUUUUAUGAGAGCCCCUAUGAGAGCAAUAAUCCACAAAGAGUUGCCCGUAGACACCAAAUCAGAGGUGCAGGCAAAAGCUCCCACUCAUCCACUGAAGGCAUUGUUUGUUGUAUUGAGACACCUCUGAUUGUAUUUUCACUUUUCUACCAAAGCUGCUUGCCAAAGGACAAAAAGGGAAGAUGUGGUUAAAUCUUUAUGCAAUUUUAUUGUUUUUUUCUGCUCAGUUUAAUUUAUAAUUGAGUUUGUUUCACCAGUUAGUUAACUGGUAAUGUAGCAUUAAGCACAACUAUUGUGGCUUUGCUUACCUGCAGCUUAAAUGUGACCUGAUGCUUAUGUAAAACAGUGACAUUGCUUUACUGUGUGAACAGUGCAUACAAUUCCAACAAUCAAUCAGCCAGUUUAAAGAAAAUAGAUAAUCAAUAUCAAUAUAUCUCCACGGCCUUGUUAUAAUUGAUACAUUUUUUCAUGACAACAACCUCAAAACAGCCUUUUGAAAAGUGCUGACUAUAUUUGUAUUGAGCUUGACUUUGAAAAACAGCAACUUCAUUUGCUCCCCCAACUUAAACCUUAUGAACUUGGGAAACUCUUUUAAGUUAUUCAGACAAAAGCUGCCGUUAUUCAACAUUUCUCUCUAACAAAGAGCUUUUAUUUUUUAAUUGCUAAAAAUUUGUGUUUAUUACAAGGAAAUCUCUUGAGUUUGUAAUAAACUUUGUUAUUAUUGUCUUUUAGAUGAAAACAUAUUUAUUUCACUGUUUGCACAAAGUUUCUGUCAAAGGCUGCAUAUUUACUAGUUUGAUUUGUUUAAAAAUAAAAUUUACAACUGAACCAUAAAA